AUGCCUCCUGUGCGCACAAACCAUGGAAGAGCUUCAAAAGCGUGUCAUGCCUGCAGAACCCAUAAGACAAGAUGUUACGCGACUGGCCCAGAACCCAUGACGUGUCUGCGCUGUCGAACGCUUGGCAAAGACUGCUCGCUCCAGCGCGAAUCUCUCACCAGAGACUCUCUAGAGGUGUUCGAAGCAGUCGCCAGUACUUCGAGCCCCCAUGAUUCACAACAGCCUGCGGCACUUCAGCAGUCCCUCAUCUUGCCUGGAACCGAUACAGAAGAUGCUGCAGCACCGCUGCAAGUGAUACGUGAUGCUGACACCAAUUCAACUUACCCAAGGCAAGCACGGGAUCCUACUCACGAAGCAAAUAUCGUACAGAAGGAUAUUGUGUCGGCUGAAGGAUCCGACCGUCUACUUGCCCUUUUCCAGCGACACUACGGUCGAUGGCUUUCUAUUCCGGAAACUAUGCUGAGCACACUUAGGUCGACUGAUAUCAAGGAUGCCUUGUUCUUGUGUGCGGCCUGUUCGGUGGCUGCAAGGCAUUCCUUGACAGACGUCAAUGCCGGACUAUCUUCCAUAUUAUCUGCUGAAGCAGAACGUCUGCUCGCUAGCAAUGUUUUGCAGCCUCAACGACCACUGACGUUCUACCAAGCCACCCUCGUGCUGUCUCUAUGGUCAUCCGCAGUCGGACAAAGCCCGACCGGUCUAGACGUAUGGCUAAUGACUGGCAUGGCCAUCCAACAUGGCUCCAUAUCGAAAUCAGUCAAGGAUCUGGCAACGGGCAAAAUCCAAGUAAUCAAAGAAGAGACACAAGUUGACUGCCUCUACCUGUGGAACCAUCUGUGUCUGUCUCAUCUCCACGCUUGCAUCACCAUGCGACGGAAGGCGAUGAUCAAUGCUGCGCAUAUCCGACAAGCACGCCUUGUCACCAGCAUGCCAAGCACCAGUAAUUUUGAGUUGCGGAUGGCUGCUGAAUUAUGCUUGUACUGGACGAUCUACGGAGAGCUAGAUACGGAACCACUCGAUCUUGAACACGCCCAAAUGGCGAUACAAUCAUGGAAGUCGGAAUGGAACUUUCUCUUUGAGCAAGAAAGGCAUCACUUUCUGCAGAUGGGGUGUUCGUUCGCUCAGCUCUUGAUCCUCGAGCGCGCACUCGGCAAGUCUUCAGAGGCCGUAGACGAAUCAUCGAUUGUGCAGAUGGUACAAUACUGUUCAGACAUCUUGCAAGCAGCAAUAAGGACUCCUGACGACAGAACCGAGCACCUUACCCAUCACGUCUUCUAUAUGAUCACGUUCGCUGCUUUGACACUCAUCCGACUCCUUCGCAAUUACGAGAAAGAAUAUGCUUCAUUCUUCGAGGCAGUGAGUCGCCAUGUCUUGGUGCUGGAAGCAUCGCAAUGGCUUCGCUCAAUCGGCCUGCCCGGUCACAUUGGGCAGACAAUGGGCAAUAUUGUUGCAACUCUACAUCAAUCAUCUUUUCCAGCUCAAGCAUCCGACAUCGCCAUAAGCUCCCAGGGCGAAUUCGUGUUUGACAACUUUGCGGCCAUGCCAGAGUUCUUUGAUCUUGAUGCCAAUUUCGAUUGGGAUACGCUACAGUGA